CUGCCAUGUUUUAUGCGCAGUUUGUUUUAUCCAAGAAAGGCCCAUUGGCGAGAAUUUGGCUCGCUGCGCACUGGGAGAAGAAACUAUCAAAGGCGCAAAUAUUCGAGACAAGCGUCCAGGAUGCUGUUGACGAGAUCCUCAAACCAAAGGUGAAAAUGGCCUUGCGCACCACCGGACAUCUGUUGCUCGGCAUCGUACGAAUCUAUUCACGCAAAGCGAAAUAUCUACUGGCUGAUUGCAACGAAGCAUUCUUCAAAAUCAAAAUGGCAUUUCGACCAGGUCAGAUUGAAAUCGAGGACGACGGGCAGCUGGCCACCAAUGCCGCCAUCAAUCUUCCGGAGGCAACCCUACCAGAUUUCAAUGAUUUGGAUAUGCAGACUCAAAUUCAAAUGAAUCAGAGUCGGAUCGAUGACAUAACACUGAAAGAGGAUUUAAUCCCCGAAGCAGGGGACAUGACUUUUGGAUCUGAGUUCGGAACUGACGACUUUGGCGAGAAUACUCUUGGCUUUUUCAAUGAUAACUUGGAAGAACGUCGAGAGGAUGAAUUGGAUACGCCGAAUGAACUGAAAUCGAGAACC